AUGAACCCUUCCUAUCUCAUCACGACUCCAAGUGUUGCCAUCAUGUCCUUUUCGGUUGCAGAGGAGACCUUCACAUGUAUCCGGUCACCACCCUUCUGGGUACCAGGAGCGCCGCCGGCCUCCUGGUUGGCCUCAUCAGGAGAGCAACUAAUGGAGAUGGAUGAGCAACUAUGUUUGGUUCGCAACAGAAUCCCUCAUGGUAGUAACACUUUGGAGAUCUGGAAACUGCUGGACUAUAGCUCUGGUGACUGGUUACUGAAUCAUCGAAUUAAUUUGUCGGGGCACCUGGCAAGAGAUUUGCGUCAGUCACAAAUUCUGAGAGUUAUUGGAUCUUUUCGUAGUUACAGGUCGACAAGGAAGAAGAUAAUCAUCACUACUAGCAUGCACAAGAUUUUCAACAAGUAUCAGAAAAUGGUUCACACCUAUGACCCUAGGUCUGAGGCUCUGGAAACCAUUCUUUCAAUCACAGAGACACACUCAAUUCCACAAUAUGCUUGUCCUAGUUCAAGAUUCGGUUUCAUUCAAGAAACCCUUGCUCCCGUGCAUAGAACAGAUGAAGCCUUGUCAUCUGACCUGGCAAAGGUGACUAGAGAGAUCCUACUCCGCCUCCCAGCUAAAUCAGCCAUACUGUCCAAAUUUGUCUGCAAGCAGUGGUUCAGAUUGAUUGAGAGUGAAAACUUCAUUCGGUCAUACUUUCAGCAUAAGAACAUGGACAAAAGACCUAAGGUCAUGCUUGUGGUCAAGAGCACUGGACAGUUGGGCUUCAGUUUCACUCCAUUGAAUAAAUGCCUACAAGAAGCUCCUAGUCACAGUACAUUGCUUGAUACGAAGGUGGUUUGCUCUAAGCCUUGCCAUGGGCUGAACUUGGUAAGCACCGAGACGAAGGACUAUCUCUGCAAUCCAUGUACAGGUUUCCACAGGGUUUACUGUAACCUGGGGCCAAAUUUGCACCUUCCCUCGAGAAUGCAUAAAGCAGAAGAGCAUGCUUUUACAGUCGGCAAUAAAAAUGUUGGCUUGACUUUCAGCCCUUCGACUCGUCAACAUGUUAUCGUGGAAAUCUUCUAUCACCGGAAGGACUUCAAAUCUCGUCAGUAUGACAUGACAUGCGCGUUAUACUGGUGUAACUCUUGGAGUGCUGCCCAACAGAUCUCGGUACCUCCUCUGCCUGUGAAUGAUAUGCCACCGGCCUAUGUUGAAGGAGUGCUGUACUGGAUGAGUGAACCAAGGUUGGGACAGUGCUGUGAAUGGACCAUUGUCUCUUUCAAUCUUGCUAAAAGAACGUUUGAUGUUGUCCCCUGUCCUUCGUGGUUUGCAAGAUGGAAUAGCAGAAACCGCUGUCGUGCAUUUGUUGUUGAGCUCGAGGGAGUAUUAUGCGCUGUCCUAGCAGAUCCAGUGGCAGACAAAUUAGAUGUAUGGAAGCUAGAGCAUGGCCAAUGGGGCAGAGCAUACACAAUUAACCUGGAAGCAUGUCCUGGCUAUUCCCUCAAGACAAGUGUUGUGAUGCCAUUAGCUGUUGAUCCUGAUCAUGGGAGGAUCCUGCUCAACACUGGGAGAAAGAUAGGUCUAUAUGAUCCAGUAGAGCAAACAAUUCUAAAUCUGCAUUCACUUGAUCAGGUACAGGUUGCCAGUAGUCCACACCUUGAGAUGCCUUCAACGUUAUCACGGAAUAGUUUGACAUGCUCCAAAGAAGAGUCGGCGGCGGAAAUGAAUAGAAUGGACUCUGAAAUUAUUCCUUUUGUUCCUAUGUUAUACGAGGAGAGCUUGGCAUGUUACUCUUCUGUGCGCAAAGCAAAAAUGCUGUGGCUGGCAUGUAUGUCAGCCGCCGGCAUGGACUAUGGCCGCUGA